AUGACUCUUGCUAAUCAGUCAGAACUUGUUAAAGAUGACGUAGAAUCUAUGCCUGCUGUAUCAAAAGCUAUAGUAGAAAGGGUCAUCCAACCCAUUGCUUCGUAUUUUGAGAUUAGUGUGCCUCUUACAAUACUACUUGGUGUUCUGGCUGGUCCAGCAGUAAUAAUGGUAGUUCUCAUAGUAGUUCUUGCUCACCGAAUGCGAUCUAAUCAACGCACAUCCGAAAUGGACACAAGCCAACAAAAAAGCCCCAGCCAAUCCCAAGCCGCCAGCGAUUCCACUAUCAGACUCCAGAAACAACUACAAAUUAUAAAAGACCUAGAUCAAUCAUCACUCCAGCGCCAGUUAGAACAGCACAAAACCCAAUUAGACCAGAUCAAACAAAAGACCCAACAAACUCCAGAGGCCCAAGCUCUAUUACUAAAACCCAGCCCAACCCCAAUACUAACCCAACUAUCAACCCACCUAAAAGAUCUAGAAAUCACCCAAAAUCUAAUAAAUGGCUGGCUAAGAGCCAUAAAAGCUAUAGAAAGUCAACGAGAACUAGUACUACACCCUGAUGCUAGAAAGCAAGUAGCAGAAGCACGACAACAAUGCCAGGAAAAGCUAGACAGACUCAACAAGCUAAAAGAAGAAAGCCAAGACUUAUGGCAAUCACUAGGAAAACCCGCCCUCUCAGGCCAAGUAAACGAUAUAAGCCAAACACUAAACAGCCAAUUAACGCCCCAAGAAUUAAAGAACUACGAAGCUUUACUAGUCGAACUAGAACCAAAAGUAGAGCAAGAACAACAAAAUCCAAAAGACCCCGAAGCCCUAAAACACCAGUAUCAACAGUUGGACGAGGAGCUAAUCGAACCAAAAGACUGGCCACUACAGUACCAAGUAAACUACAACAUACUAAUGAGGCUACAAGGAAACAAACAAUCCAUAAACCUCUGCCUAGAAGACCUAGAAGCCCUAAAAGUCCAGCAGAAAGAACUACCACAAGAUCCAGAGAUACGCCAGCAAAUAACUGAAUUAGAACAGCAAUGCCAGGAAAAACUAACAACUAUAACGAAUCUAGAAAAAGAAGCCAACAAUCUGUUAGAAAAACUACCACCCCCACCAUCACGAGACUAA